AUGGCAGCCAAAAACGCCGACUCAAUGACCAACGCCCAGGGCGAGUUCCAUCCUAGAAUGCCCCGUGCAGAGCCCAUGGAGAAGUCCGGACACCAAAUGGGCCAGAAGACAUCACCCGCCGACCACGCUCCGGAAUUCUCGGCCAAGACCCUCCCACCAGGGACCGCACCUAAAGAAUCAACCUUCCAGCCAAGUGCCACAUCUGAAGUCCCGGGUCAAGCGUUCAACGACAACGUUGACCGCUCCCAUGGCAAAGAAGGCGUCCGCACGGACCCCUUAAGCACCCUCCCCGGCGCCACAUCAGCCGAUGUACAUACCGGCCUAGGCCACCCCGGUCAAGGUCAAACAAGCACCGAACUACGCCACGAAGGCCACCACACCUCGUCGAAAGCCACCUCCGGCCCCGAGGGCGCCGGUGCUACAGGUGGCAGCGGCCUACACAACCCUGACGACUUGAAUCAGGAGUUCCGCCGGUUACAGGAUGACAGCAACCACUCCACAGGCCCGAUCAAGGAACAUAACCAGACGCUGGCAGGCGCGGAGGAGAAAGAGCCGGUAGGUGCAGAGUUUGUGGCCAGCGAGUCAGGCAAGGCGGGUGAGCACGCUAAGGGAGCUGGCUCGAGAAACGCGACGACAGGGGCGUCAAAUAGGGGUGCCGCUGCGCCCAGAGAGUAA